AUGGACACACCAGACCCCAGCCCACUGAGUCCUUCAGUGUUUGCUGAUGCCGCACACUUCCCUCCAAAUCAGGUCAAUCCUUUUUCUCACUUUGGACAACAAGCAUUGGACAACUUUGCAUUUGACUCCAAUUCUUUUCGAAAUAUCGAUUUCAACCUCAGUCCCAACGAUCCUGACCUUCAAAAUUUUCACGAAUUUGUUGAUUCUGAAUUUCUGCCCACUUCACGUGAUCUACAGACGGCUGAUCUCGCCCCGAGCUUAGAGAAAGCUCAUGGAUCUGAACGACCCAUAUAUACUGCUGUCACAGAGCUCUGUACCAGGAACACAACAUCCACAGACACAAGCUCCAGCAGGGUGCCCCAGGAUAUCUCCACAGCACCGGCGAUAUCACCAGACAUGGAUGUAGAGUCCACUGUCGGGCGAGGACUUGGCUGUCCGAUUUUCGAGGCGGAGAUCUUGGUUGCACCCGACAACACCACAUGCAACGGAUUGACUGCACCCAACAUGUCUAGAGUUCGUACACACUUGAACCGUCAGCACGUAAGAAAAGAACAACAACCUGGUGUCGGGAUAAAAUACCUGAAGUACUGCAAGAGAUGCAAGACACAUUUCGUGAAUAAGGAGCUUCACGAGACGUCUCAUGGAGCCAAGAAGUGCAGGAAUGAUCGGCCACGAAAAACACAGCAAGAGGAAUGGAUAGCUCUGAGUACCCUGCUAUACGGUCCUGCGCUCGCACAGAGGAGCUACGACAGUAACUAUACCCCAGAUACAUAUGUCAUCAUCACGCUCACACGUUGCAUAGAUUCCAUUGCCAGGAAGAAGACCACUACGCCCGUAAACAGUACACCCGAACCUUUCUCAACUAUCAAUCCCUCUAUUUCACAAUCUUUGGAGGAACCACCCCCCGCCAAGCGUCUCUGCACGGCCUGUGGUCAUCAUUCGAACAACCGUGAUCCUUCCUUGAACCAUGGACCACAUUUGGCUGCUGGCAUCGAUUCUGCUAGCGAAGAACGCGCAGAAACUCAUCAUACCUCAAACGUUCAAGCCGUAACGCUCCCCACCAACCUCGCCUUUGUAUAUAUGGUCAGAAACGAUGUCACGUGUUUGGAUCCAGAUCCUAUUUCGCAGCGCGAACAUGGUAGUGAAGCCUACGAGAGACGGCCUGGAGAUUUCGAUGUUAUACCACAACUGGCUAUCGAUGGUAAAAAAAUGCAUCAAGUUUCAUUCGGAUCCUCGGUUUCGUUUGAGACAUUGCCCGUAUCCUCAUCUGCUCGACAAAUUUUGCCGUCCAUUGGGGAGCUCGAGGCACCAGUUUCAGUUUCAAGACGUCCGUUCCAACAUGCCAAUCCCGAAGAACAUUAUCAGGAGCGGCGGUUGUUGCCUAACAAUUUAUCAUUCAAGGACGCUCCGUGGGACCCGUUGAGACUAUCGAUACCGACGGAUCUAGACAGCACCCUCUCGACUGUCAGCUGA